CUGUCCUGGAUCUCCUACAGUGAUAACAUCUGAAGAGAAGAGAAGACAAACUCAUUUCAAAAAUAAGAAAGGGGAGGACAGAACAGGACACAUUUUUUUAGAUUUCAGUGCAGGUGACUGAUCCAGUUACCUUCUUUAAAAAAGAUUCCAACUGACUCCAGGUCAGCCGUCAGGAGGGGACGUCUCUGUCAUCUGCAGGGAAUCCUCCUAUACCUGAGCUGCUGUGUGUGGUCUCUGUCUCUGGACUCCCCCUCCAACCCUCUUCGGACCCGGGUCUUGGUGUUGGCGUGCCUCGUCAGCGAUGGCAGGAUCUGGUGUUGCUCUGCGGCUGCAUGAAUUCAGAGAGCUUGAGGACUGCAGACAGCCAGAUGACUUAAAAUCGUCUCGUCUGGGGAGAGAUGUACGUGGAUUGUAUCCAGGACAGCUGGGUAGAGUCCAUAUUGUCCACUCAAAGGAUCGUGGAAACCAUUGACAUGAAGUUUGGGUUGCUGGUGGUAUUGGCGGUGGCCGUUCUGGUGCCCAGCCUGUCCGAGGGCCGGAUCGUCUCCAGAUGCGAGCUGAAAGAAAAGCUUGGGCAGGCGAUCACGCUGCCUCCACGUCUUCAAAAGUUCAAGCAACAAUACCUGGCAAUAGUUAUCUGUGAGGUGAACAGCCGGUCCCGUCUCAACACCGGCCUGGUCAAGGUGUUCGGCAAACGCAGAACUACAACCACAGCCAAGCCAACAACUACGGUCACAACACAACCGACUACCACCCAAACAACUACCACCCAACCAACUACCACUCACCCAACCAACAACCACCCAAACAACUACCACCCAACCAACUACCACUGCUCCAACAACCACCCAACCAACAACCACCCAAAUGACUACCAACCAACCGACUACCACUGCUCCAACAACCACCCAACCAACAACCACCCAACCGACUACCACUGCUCCAACAACCACCCAACCAACAACCACCCAACCGACUACCACUGCUCCAACAACCACCCAACCAACAACCACCCAACCGACUACCACUGCUCCAACAACCACCCAAACAAUCACAGACGGAACCGGAGCUGGCAACAGAAGAAAGCGUGA